AUGUUCAAUGUGGAUUCUGUUGGAGACGGGUAUCCUUGCAACUGGCCGCGUACUUGUGAUGCAUGUCAUGCAGCAGCCUGCAACCUCUACUGCCAUACUGACUCAGCUUACCUUUGCUUUAGCUGUGAUGAAUGUAUUCAUGCUGCGACUCCACAGGUUUUGCAACACCAUCGUGUGUUGGUUUGCUCUGAAUGUGAGAAUGCCCCAGCAGCUUUCACCUGUAAGGCUGAUGCAGCAUCACUCUGUAUCAGUUGUGAUGUUGAGAUACACUCUGCCAACGCAAUAGCCUGCGGCCACAACCGGGUUCCAGUAUCCCCUCUAACUGGUCUAGUCUACGCGUCAUCAAAUAUCUACUGCCACUGUGAGCUGCCACAGCUGCCAGCUCCAAUGUUUGAUGUAGGAAAUGACAUUGUUGCUUAUAAAACCAAUGGGGAAAUAAAUGAGGCUGAAGCAGAUUCUUUUCUGUUGCUUGAUCCUGAAAACACAAAGAAUCAGACUAACAGUGAAUUAAUGAAUAGUGUGGCAGUUGAGUAUUUGGAACCUGUUCAGUAUGAUUCAAGUACUAAGUUACAGUACCAAGAUGAGUACUCGCAGCAGCAAUCAUACAGUGCUCAUAAAGGGAAAAAUAUAAGUGAUAUCAUUGUGCCAGUUCCAUCAGUUGAAGUGCGAAAAAUACAAGAAGAAGAAGAACAUAAUAUUUCCUUCAAUGGAGAGUAUGAAGCCUCAAGAGCUGCUUUUAUCAACACUCCUUCAAGUAGUCAAAGCGUUGCCUUGUCCUUUAUGAGUGAUGGCAUUUCACUAAAGGAAACAACUAGCGAGUUCUCAUGUUCUUAUACCAGGUUUCAGAGUGGGACAACUGAACUAUUGCAGAACAAUUCACGUGUGAUGCCACUUCAAUUAACUCCAACGAACCGGGAAGCAAAGGUCCUUAAAUAUCGAGAGAAAAGGAAAGCAAGGAAAUUUGAGAAGAAAAUACGGUAUGCAUCUAGAAAGGCCUAUGCAGAGACCCGACCCCGAGUCAAAGGCAGGUUUGCGAGAAGAACAGAUAUAGAGCUGGAAGAGGAUCAGUUGAUCUCAAUAGAAGAAUAUGGCUAUGCCAUUGUUCCUUCAUGCUGA